AAAAACACAGAUAUUUACCGUUAAAGGCCACAGUGAUCUACUAGCGAUCUAAGUCCACAGUAAAUUUUGAAUAAUGUUCCAAAUCGUGGUAGCAGCCCUUUUGGUAUCCGCUGCAGUAGCGACACCUGGCGGAAUUGGUCUUGGUGGAGGGCUUGGAGGAGGUACUGCUGGAGGAGCAGGAGGAGGUGCAGGAGGCGGAAAUGGAGGCUAUGGGCAUGGCGCACAUGGAGUGAUAUCAGGUUCGUCAUCAACCAGCGUCGUGACAGCUCAUGUACCAGUUGUCACCCAUCACGUAUCUCACGUAGCUCCCGUACAUCAUGUAGCUCCUGUACAUCAUGCUCCUGUACCCGUAGCAACAAGCUCACAGUCUAGGGUAGAUCAUAUCAACCCCAGGCCAUUGGUCAGCCAUUCAGUGUCAUCUGUACCCGUACACGUUCCAGUAUCCGUCCCAGUAGUCAGUCACGGGUUCGCUGGAUACGGGGGUGGAGCCGGUGGAUCUGGCGGAGCUAACGGAGCCGGCGGAUCUGGUAGUGCUGGAGGAUACGGGGCAGCUGGAGGAUAUGGUGGAGCUGGGGGAUAUGGCGGAGCUGGAGGAUACGGGGGAUACGGAGGCUAUGGAGCUGGACAAGGAGUAGGAUCAUCAUCAGCUAACGCUAUUGGUGCAGCGGGUACCGGAGCUGGUGCAGUAGGAUAUGGCGGAGGAUAUGGAGGAUACAACGGUUGAAGAUGAGUCAGACGAAGGAGUAUUGUACAGAUGAUACCAGAUCAAGUCUAGAGUAUUUAUAUUUUUUUAAGUUAAAUAAAGAUUAAAAUUGACACGUUGAUCUAUGCAUAAA